AUGAAAAAGAAAAAAAAAAAAAAAUGCUCCGGUGGAGGUUUUAAGGAGGUUUAAGCAGCCAUGGGAGGUGUCUUCUCCUCAAACCCUAGUGAUACCUACAACGUAGACUAUCCUCAUCAAACUCAAAAAUUCCCGGAAAAUCUCAGCAGCCCAAUUCAUCUCAAGCCUCAAGAAAGCUAAGCAUGUCCUCUACAGAUUCUAAAACCACCGAAUCCCCAGAAAAUUCGACACUGGAUUUGGAUCCCCAAAUCCAAGCGAAGUCUCCAGAAGAAGGAAAACCACAGGAAGAUCCAGGUCAAUCUGAGAAGGUCGGUGACAAAGGAGGAGAAGAUCAAGUAGAUGAAGGUGAGGACGAGGAGGAGGGAGAGUGUGGGUUUUGUUUGUUCAUGAAAGGUGGGGGAUGCAAAGAAAGUUUUGAAGCCUGGGAACAGUGCAUGGUAGACGCGGAGAAGAACAAGGAGGAUGUCGCACAGAAGUGCUUUGAGAUUACUGGUGCUCUGAAGAAGUGCAUGGAGGCUCAUAGCGAUUACUAUGAGCCCUUACUGAAAGCGGAGAAGGCGGCGGAGGAAGAGGCCAUCAAGGAAUUGGAGAGAGAGAAAGAGAGAGAAGCGGCGGCAUUGAUCUCUUCGGAGCAAAAUGCAGGUACUGAGAGUUCAGAAAGCCAAGGGAUUUUUGAUGAUAAUAAGCGAGACGGCUAGCGGGUUUGAUGUUUAUUGAUUUUUCUCUGUUAAUUUGAUAUUAAAAAAAAAAAAAAAGAAAAAAAAAAGAAAAAAAAGAUUAUUUUGAGGCAAGAAACCUUUGAAAGAUGAAAACAAAUGUUUAAGCCGGUACCACGGUUUUGUGGUCAGAAUAAACCCGAUGAUGAAAAACUCAGUUUUGAAUCACACAUUGACAGUGGGAUGCUCACAUUAAUUGAAUAAGAUAAUUGUUUUUUAUUUA